CAGGAGCGGUGACGGCAGCGCGGAGUACCAGGGGGGGGUUGGAACUCGUCCACAUGAAUGCAACCGACGGUUACCCCUUUGAAGAAUGUAGAGCGUGAGUGUUGUGCAUCAUACAUCGCCAGCGUCCCCCGCCCACCCGGACCACCUUCCUCCCCCGGAUCCGAAGGGGACGAAGGCCCCUCGAGAAAAGCCGAAGCCAUUUAGACCCAGGCCAAGAGGGAGGGAGGGGGGGCAUCGGGAAAAGUCCGCAAAAAAUACGGAUGGAUACCGGCACCUACAUCGGAUAAUAUUCGUCGCCCGUGCCCCCGAGGGGGAGCGGGGCGGGCGGGCGCGGCAUUAAAGCAACGAGCAAAUAACCCGGGCGGUCAAAGACUUGUUGGUUUUUUCUUCGGUAGCGAGAUGGAGAUGUCGCGCCCUCGGAUCCCUCUUGUGUGCCAUGGCGAUUGGGGGAGAGGGGGAAGGCAAACCCGGACCAAUCGCGUGGGCGAACGUGGCCAUCUUUCCUGGUUUUGUUUUAUUUUAUUUUAUUUUCUGCUCUCUCUCUCUCUCUCUCAGUCUCUCUUUCUCUCGAGUCAAACUUGAUCUGAAGAGUCUGGAGAGUCUAAACCCCUCGCUCCCCUUUUACCGAAACCCACUUCGGGGAACAUUGGCACCUCAAGGACCAUGGUACGGCCGGAUCGGUAUACACCGGACCCCCGUCCCCUUUGCCAGCUUCGUCCGGCAGAUGGUUUGUAGAGCGGGAAUGGGACCGGGAGCUGGAAAAAUGCAUGUGCUCGGUUUCUAUUUAUGGUGGCUUUUUUUCUUCUUUUUUUCUUCUUCCACGCUAGCGGAGCAUGUUGAGGGGAAAAGGGCGUGUGAUCCCCUUUUGUUUGUAAGACGUUGACUAGUUGAGACAUAUCUACGGAGUA